CAGUGCGCAGGGCCGGGGCAUCGCUCCUGUUGCCCAGCACGGCAUGCGUGUAGGCGCGUGUCGCUGUGGCGCCGCUGCGGAUUCUGUGCUGUGCGGGCCUCUGUGGCGGAGAUGGAGCUUGCUGGCCAGAGCCCCCAAUAGGAAAAGCGUCGGACAUGGAGUUCCCGUGACGCCUGCGCUUUCAGCUUUGUAAGCUGUCUGGUGCAUGUUACUCCGCUGCUUGGAGCCUGAGUUGUAAUCGGGGGGGGGGGGGGGGGGGGGAAUGGAUAUAAUCUGAGAGACAGGUCGGCGGAGACAAGAACGCACCACGUUUGCAAAGCGCUUUGCACAAGACAGGAGGAGUGCCUGCUUAGCCUGCGGCAUGCACAAAGCACGGGCUUCGAACCCAUGCACCUCAGACUCCAGGCGGUCGUGCAGUUCUUCGUGGGAAGUAGAAGCGGGAGGAUCCGGAGUUAAAGGGAGCCCUGGAGGCUGAGUCUGGCAGGCCCAGCACACCCACUGGGCAUCGUGAAGACCGCGGUGGCGUUGGCCCAGCAGAGGAAUGCAGGCCCUCCACCUUCAACACCGCAGCCCCAGCAGCUGCAGGGUCAAGGCCAGGCCGUCCUAUGUGGAUGAGACCCUGUUUGGCAGCCCAACAGGAACCCGGCCCUCUCUACCAGAUUUUGACCCACCCUGGGUGCAGAGUUGUAACAGAUCCAGAGGAGUGGACCCGGGACCACCGAAGGUCUCUCUGGCCAAGAGAGACUGUGAGUCCCCCUCUUCCAGGGGCAGCACCCCAAACCUCACACCAAGGAAGAAAAACAAAUACAGGUUGAUUGGUCACACCCCAUCCUACUGUGACGAGUCACUGUUCGGCACCAGCAAGGCAGGGUCCCGGAUAGCCGUGGAGGCUGCCGCCAAGCUCCGGACCCUUUUCUGGACCCCACCAGCCACCCCUAGGGGCAGCCACUCACCCCGCCCCAGGGAGACCCCACUGCGAGCCAUUCACCCAGCUGGACCCUCCGGGACAGAGCCCAGAGUGGACACAGGCUCUCAGAAGCUGUCCCAGGAUGGGGUGGGUGUUGCCCACUCUCUGGGACAGAGGCGUUCUCAUUCACUCACCCACCUAACUGUCCCCAGCACAGGUCAUCCAGCUUCCAGUGCCCCACAGACCAAUGGGCCUUGGAGUCCCCGGACUUACACGUCAGGGGCGACUAUCCAGAGUCCCCGGGUCACUCCCAAGGCAUGCUCAGGUAGUGUUUCAGGACCAGCUACGCCUCAGCGAGGGGCCUGUCCCCACAAGCCAAAGCCUCCUUGGAAAUGAGAUUCUCACCAGGUAAGCCUUUGGCUCAAAGCUCAGGUGGGGUCCUCUGGAGACAAUGGUCCCCAGAGCAUCCAAAUGCUGGGGAACCCUCUGUGGGGCUCCAUGAAGAGGAUGGGCCAUAUUUUCCUUAGUCGUCACAAGCUCAGGAUGUCCCCAGACUUCUGGUAUUUGGGGUCCUUGAGAUGUCUCUCUAGCCAUGUCUCAGCCGCCUUCUGCAUCAGUGCCAUGCCCCACCCAGCUCCCUGAAAAGGAUUCAGUUUCUACAGGGGACUGGAGGCCUUAAGGGAGUGUCCUGGGCUGUAUAUGGACCCCCGGGGGGGGGGGAGAACAUGGGGAGACAUUAUUUUUAAUUAAUACUCAUGUAUUUAUUCCAUGUAUUAAAUCUAUUUGAAUCACUAAAA